CUUCGUCUCUCUCCAACUUCCCCCGGCAACUCAUCACCUCCAACACUGACACCAUCCCAUCUUCCUGCCAGGUGGAAGCAUGCUGUCCCACAACGGCAACGGCACGAGCACGCAUCCACAGCCGCAGCUGCAACCGCAGGACCAGCAGCAGCCCAUCCUGCGACCGCAUUCGACUCCAGUCAAGCGGAGGAGGCGAACCGGUAACGGCCCCGAUGCUCGUUCAUGCCCUCACUGCGGGCGAACCUUCAAGCGCACCGAACACUUGGAGCGCCAUGUGCGAACGCACACCAAGGAGAAGCCGUUCAUCUGUCGGUGUGGAGCUGCCUUUGCCCGUCGAGACCUGUUGACUCGCCAUCAGCGGAUUGCGUCCCAUGAGGAUGGAUCUGAAUCGCCCGAGGGCCCCUCGGAGCCGGACUCCGGAGAGAUACACGGCCCGGUUGAGGCUGACCUCGCCGCCGCCGCAUCUCUGUCGGGGAUGAGCGUGAACCAUUGGGCACAACCGCCACCACCUGCAGCGCAGGCAGAUCUGUAUCCCAUGGCGGUCCCCAGGAACGGCGCUCUCGUGGAUGCCUCUUCUUAUCAGCAGACUCUCCUCGCAGACCAGUUCUAUGAAAACGUGUCAGGCAACCAAGAUGCUGUGGGGUUCGACGCUCAUUUCAGAGAGUUUGCCAACUUCCUCGACGGUGUCGGCCUGCCGGCCGAAUGGAGUCCCUACUUCCAUGGCCCCGACCGGGACAAUGAGGUCGCGGACUCGGUAAUCAAAGAGUCGAGAGAAGGCACAGCUACGCCUGGUGCUCGGAAUAGUAGGACCCGUCCGGGGACUCCGUUCAGCUCGUGGCUACCGUCAGCCCCGACAGGGAAUCGUAUCACAGAGGCUCUACCAGAUACAAAUCCGCGUUCUGUCGAUACCGAGUCGCAGCCGUACCGCGUUUCGGACGAGCAGCGGUUCCGACUCAAUGCCUCCAUCGAGACGUUCCGAGAUGUCCUCGACCCGGACUUCAAGUUCCCUUCCCGCCAUGCCCUCACCCGCUACAUGACGUCCUUCUUCGAAGGAUUCCACUCGCAUAUGCCUUUCAUCCACACCCCGACGUGGCGGAUUUCCGAGCACUCGGUCGAGCUCAUACUCGGCCUCGCCGCGGUGGGUGCCCAGUACUGUUUUGAGCACCGCAUGUCCGAGAGGCUAUUCCACGCCGGCAAGGCCAUCUUGCUGGAAAGACUCGUGCAUGAGUCCGACAAGUUCGGGCCAAGAACCGGCUCCUCCCUGAAUCUGCACAGCCUGUCGCCCCAACACCGCGGAUCAAGAGACGCCCGAGAACGAGACUGGGGUUCCUGGGAGCCCAUAGAGACAGUGCGUGCCCUCAUUGCCCUCAUGGGCUACGCCACCUGGGAGCCCAAGAUGUCACUGGUGCAAGAGGCGUUCGCCCUUCAAGCGCUGCUGGCGCAAGUCCUCCGCGAACUUGGUCUCCACGAAGUGGACGGACCGGGUGUCGCCGCGGAGCAGACCACGCCGCAAGCUGCGUGGCACGUCUGGAUACGGCAAGAGUCCGUACGGCGGGCGAAGCUCAUUGCCUUCUCCUUCAUGCACACCCACAGCAUCGCAUACAACGUGUAUCCCGUCCUGCGCAGCAACGAGGUCGGCCUGCGGCUGCCGUGUUCGACGGGCGAGUGGAAGUCCCAGACCGCGUGUCAGUGGCAAAGCGCCCGCCGCGAGAGCGGGAAACAGCAGCUCUUCUUUCAGGACGCCCUGUCGCUGCUCUUGAGGAACACGGACGGCACGGCGCCCGUCGAUCCGAUCCCGACGCCCCUGGGAAACUACAUUCUCCUGCACGGACUGCUGCAAAGAAUCUACAUCGUCCGGGAUCUCUCGCUGCCGGUGAUGGACCAUUCGGCGUCGUUGCCGAGCGAGGAGGUGGACAAGCUCGAACGCGGAUUGCGGUCAUGGACCGCCGGGUGGCAACAGGCCCCUGAAUCGAGCCUCGAUCCAAACAACGAGAACGGGCCAAUCCCUUUCACGUCAAGCUCUUUGCUCGGCCUGGCAUACGUCCGCAUCUACCUCCACCUUGGUCCGUACCGGCUGCUCGAGACGCGAGACCCCAUACGCAUCGCCAAAGCCAUCAGCCGGUCUCCUGCGGUGGAGCGCAGCAGCGGCGUCAUCACCGCGCUUCUCUACACGGCUCACAUGCUCAGCAUUCCCGUCCGUCUGGGUGUUGACCGUGUUGCCCGCAGUCAGGCCUUCUUCUGGAGCGUCCGACACUCACUCUCAGGCCUCGAGUGCGCCGUGUUGCUAAGCAAAUGGCUCUCGUCGCUGACCGCAUCCACAGCCUCCACGCCACUUAGUGAUAGCGAGGACAGAAUUCUGCAUUGGGUUCGGUGCAUCGUGGAAGAGGCGUACGACGUCGUCGACUUUGAGGACGACGAGCCCGAAGUAUCGGCGGACCGGGAUGCGGCCUCGCUGAGUCUGGCGGUGCUGAAGAUCUGGGCGCAUUUCUUCAAGAGCAACACGCAGUGGCCGUUUAUCAACAUCAUCGGCAAGAGCUUGGAAAAGUACCGAGAGCUGCUUAUGCACAGCAGAUUGCAGCAAGUUUCGUGAUGGCGCCAGAUACGCGUACACGAAGACGGUGAUGCAAUCCUAAGGGGCGGGUUGCGACUCGGCAAGGGAGUCGUUCCUCGAAUGAAAAGAGCAGCUCAUAGCUCAAUUCGAACGACAGGACAACAACAACAUGGGAGUGCCAAUGGAUCGAUGUCAGACGUCUCGUCCAAGUAAGCAGGUCAACAUCGCCCCUGCUAGACAACUGACCUUGCCGCCAAUACUUGUCGUGAAGACUUUUGCCCACUCGCGUUCGGUUUCGGGUCACGUCUAAGGCUGAGGGCAACUGGUUCAUCAUUAGUUCACAAAGUGGCCUGCCAUUAACGCGGAGAGUCAGUCCUUUGCGCCCGCACCUUUGACUCUAGGAGACUGGCCGAAUGUGUUUUUUUAUUCCUUCUCACACUUGAAGAAGGUUUGGCACAGAACAUCUGACUCUCAUCACUGGCAGCGAGCGAGUCAAGAUAACCCAGGUCACAUUUGGCAGCCGACAGGCUUCUGGUGUACCCGUCGGCAAGGAUGGAUGGAAGCCUCUCUGUAGAUUUGUCAACACAGACGCGCCCGGGUGAAACAAGUUUCCCGCCUGAACAAUUGGCGCUCGCGUCAGGAUCAGGACAGCUGUACAAGAACAGCUAUGGUGGGAUGGGGUUACUCGAGGUAAAGCAGCUAGCUAGCUGGUCGUGGUCAAAGAAGAGAUCUUUUCUUGUGGUGGCUUGUAAAGGGACGUUGCGGUCUAGCGAUUAAGCUGCAAUCACAUGUUUUGCGAUACUGGAUUGGCGUAUGUAGUAGGUAGGGGGUAGACGGAGCGAGGGAGAGAUCGCCAUCACCAUAUAGUGGAAGGGGAAGGGGAAGAUGAGGCUGCUUAUGUAAUACGACAUUGGCGGAACCCCGCCUGAU